AUGUUAAUAACUGGUAGCAGCCUAAAGCUGAUAGAAGACACAAAGCAGGCUUUACAAAGAGCCUUCAAGAUGAAAGACUUAGGGGAGCUCAAAUACUUCCUAGGAAUUGAAUUUUCUAGAACCACAGAAGGUAUACUCAUGCAUCAGAUGAAGUAUACUCUUGAACUUAUAGCUGAGCUGGAAGAAUCAGCAGAUCCUCUGAUAGAUCAAUUUGCAUAUCAGAAACUCAUAGGUAAGCUACUAUACCUCAACAUGACAAGGCCAGACAUCUCCUUCAGCACUCAGACAUUGAGCCAAUUUUUAAACCAACCCAAAAAAUCCCACAUGGAAGUUGCACUAAGGGUUGUCAAAUAUUUAAAGAGGCAACCUGGACAAGGUAUAUUACUGUCCAGUCAGUCAGAUAGGAAGGUCACUGCAUUUUGUGAUGCAGAUUGGGUUGCUUGCUCACUAACCAGUAAGUCAGUCACUGGGUACAUGAUCAAGAUAGGAAAGUCCCUAGUCUCAUGGAAGGUCAAGAAACAAACCACACUAUCAAGGAGCUCAGCUGAAGCUGAAUAUAGAAGUAUGGCUUCUAUUAUAUCAAAACUUGUAUGGCUGCUAGGCAUGUUGAAAGAAGUGGAUGCAGAUGUCGAGCUGCAUGUUCAAAUGUAUAGUGAUAGCAAAACUGCAAUUCAGAUUGUAGCAAAUCCAAUAUAUCAUGAAAAACAAAACAUAUAG